GCCACGGCUGAGGAGGGGGCCAAGCGGGGAAAAGAGAGGGAAAAGAGCCGGGAGCGAGGCGGACGAGGGCGAGGGGACGGCGCGGUCCCGGCCGGCCAAAGGAGGCUCGCAGGAGCGGCAGCCCGCCGCCCGACCGCAGCGGGAUUGUGACUAUUGAUCCAGAAGACUAUUGAUUUCAGGAACUGAUUGGAAAGAUUGGCUCUGCCACUAACAGCCAUGUAACCUUGGAUAUGGAAGAAAGCAGCAGCAUUGCCAUGUUGGUGUCAGAGAUUGGAGAGCAGGAGUCUGUGUUAACUGCUGAAGGAGUCCUCAGUCCUUCCUCGGAAGUUGACGAACAAAGAAAAGCCAGAGCGGAUCCAUUGGUCCAUGUUAUCCAGAAGUUAAGCAAGAUAGUAGGGCAUGAAAAGUCACAAAAAUGUCUUCUGAUUGGGAAAAAGCGCCCACGUCCAAGUGUGAUGCCGCAGUCUCUUGAAACCCCAGAGAACUGUGAGAUUCCAGCUAAAGCAGCAGAGUCCCCUGCUGCUGAGGUUAGGAAAGCUCAGAUGUCACAAGCAAAUUCCACUCCAGACUCUCUUGCCUCAGCUGAUGGAAAGGCUAUGUCCUACCAGUGUAGCCUUUGUAAGUUCCUGUCAUCAUCCUUUUCUGUGUUGAAAGAGCACAUCAAACAGCACGGGCAGCAGAACGAUGUGAUGCUAAUGUGCUCAGAGUGCCACGUCACCUCCAGAAGCCAGGAGGAGCUCGAAGCUCAUGUGGUGAAUGAGCACGAAAACAGUGCCAACAGUCAUGCCCAGUCUAGCUCCCAUGUGGGAGCCAUUGAAAGAAAGGGUGAGACGGUGGUAGACAUCCCAGUGAGCAUGGGCAGUCCACAGACCCAUGCUGUCCAAAGUGCGGCUGUGGCCGAGGCAGGCAGGAGGAAGUGGUAUGCCUAUGAGCAGUAUGGCAUGUACCGGUGUUUGUUCUGCAGCUACACCUGCGGCCAGCAGCGGAUGUUAAAGACACAUGCUUGGAAACAUGCAGGGGAAGUUAACUGCUCCUAUCCAAUCUUUGAGAAUGAACACGAGCCCCUCGGCCUUCUGGCUUCCUCUGUGUCUGCUGCACCUGGUGGGGUCGAUGCAGUUGUCAUUGCUAUUGGGGACAGUGAGCUAAGCAUCCACAAUGGGCCAUCUGUACAAGUACAGAUUUGCAGCUCUGAGCCACCCUCAUCUUCAUCUCCUUUAGACCAGAGCACAGAGGAGGGAGUACACCUAAGCCAGUCAGUCACCUUGGAGCCUAACGAGGAGGAAAUGCUGGAGGUGAUGUCUGAUUCCGAGGAGAAUCUGUUUGCUGAUAGUUUGCUCUCAUCGGCACAGAAAAUCAUUAGCAGUAGCCCAAAUAAAAAAGGUCACGUGAAUGUCAUUGUGGAACGGUUGCCAAGUGCUGAGGAAACCCUCCCGCCAAAACAUUUCCUCAUGAAUGCUGAAAUGGAAGAGGGCAAGGACCUGAGUCCUGCUGAAGCCCAGACAGGGUGUGGAGGACCAGGAGAUAUCUACCAUGCUGAUAAGUGUACUGUUGACAUUGGGGGGGUGAUCAUCGGCUGGAGCAGUGCAGAGAAGAAGGACACUGAGCUGAGCAAGGGCCUGGCUACUGAUGAGAAUGCGCCGCCAGGGCGGAGAAGGACAAAUUCGGAGUCUCUCAGGCUGCACUCCUUAGCUGCAGAAGCCCUUGUCACCAUGCCGAUAAGAGCUGCUGAACUAACGAGAGCCAGCCUUGGGCAUUAUGGGGACAUAAACCUUUUAGAUCCAGACACUGGACAAAGGCAGGUCAGUGGGCCCUUGGCAGCAUACUCCAAAAAAAUCAUGUCUCCUCUUAAGAACUCUUCAGAUGGAGUAACAAGUUUUAACCAAAGCAAUUCCACUGUGGUAGCGCUCCCAGAGGGAAGGCAGGAAUUGUCAGACGGUCAAGUUAAGACAGGCAUCAGUAUGUCCCUUCUUACCGUAAUAGAAAAACUGAGAGAAAGGACAGACCAAAAUGCAACAGAUGAUGACAUUUUGAAAGAGUUGCAGGACAAUGCCCAGUGCCAGCCCAACAGUGAUGGGAGUUUGUUGGGGUCCAGUGUGGUGGAGUACAUCCCAGAUGCUGAGCGGCCCUACCGAUGCCGCCUGUGCCACUACUCGAGUGGCAACAGGGGCUACAUCAAGCAGCACCUGCGUGUCCAUCGACAGAGGCAGCCUUACCAGUGUCCUAUCUGUGAGCACAUAGCCGAGAACAGCAAAGACUUGGAAAGCCACAUGAUCAACCACUGUAAGACCAGAAUACACCAGUGUAAGCAGUGCAAAGAGUCUUUCCAUUACAAGAGCCAACUAAGGAAUCAUGAGAGAGAGCAGCACUGCCUGCCCAACACCUUGUCAGUGUCUUCGAAUGAGCCAAGAAUUUCCCGUGAUGCCGCUGGUGGAAAGUGUGUUCAGGAAGGGAGCAAGUCUUCAACCCAGAAACAGUAUAGGUGUGAUGCGUGCGAUUACACAAGUACAACAUAUGUCGGAGUCAGAAACCACAGACGAGUCCAUAACUCAGAUAAGCCAUACAGGUGCUCCUUAUGUGGGUAUGUGUGCAGUCACCCCCCUUCCUUGAAGUCACACAUGUGGAAACAUGCAAGUGACCAGAACUACAACUACGAGCAGGUUAACAAGGCCAUCAACGAUGCAAUCUCACAAAGCGGCAGAGUUCUGGGGAAAUCUCCUGGGAAAACGCUCGUAACCAGCAGUGAAGAGAGAACUGACCCUACCACAGGCAGUCCAGAAAACUUGGCAUCGUCCUCAGACCUGCCUUCUCAGCCAUCUGGUGAAGUCAUAGAUGUCAGUGAGUUUGAGAAACCGGGCCCCACAGGCAGCAGCUCUGACAUCUCUGGAAGGAGCUGCAACCUGACGGCACCGGGCACCGAGUACUGCGUGUUGCUCUUCUGCUGCUGCAUCUGCGGCUUCGAGUCAACCAGCAAGGAAAGCCUCCUCGACCACAUGAAGGAGCACGAGGGGGAGAUCGUCAGCAUCAUCCUGAACAAGGACCACAGCACAGCCCUGAACGCCAGCUAGCCGCGACGGUCAGGGAGGGACCCUCUGAACCGCAGGUCAGCCUCAGUGCCAUCACUAGCUCACGGAAACCAAGGCGGCAGGCGGCAUGGCUGGUACUUCGGUGCUUGAGUGACGAUACUGAGCUGUGACCCUGUGUGAGCCUCUGUCGUCCCUUCUUAGUGUCAAGCGUUUGACUAAAAGCUUACUUAGUUCAGAAUCUGCAAAUAGAUGAGUUGAGAAGGCCCCCAGAGCUGCACUGGCUAGCACUGCAGUGGCUGGGGCUCGUGGGGAAAGCAGCAUAUGGAAAAGGUUAGUUUAUGCUGUUGCCAGCGGCUAGAGCGCUGUGAAAUAAGCAGCACGGAGAUUUCCGCUCUCUCGAGAGCAGUAGGGCUGUGGGGCUGUGGGAUGGGCUUCAUAAAUCUUUUCCCUGUGUUGAUAGGAAUUUAUCGCAGACUCAGUAUAGGGUAGGUCCUUGACUCCCUGAGAAAGAAGGAAGAGAUAACCAAUUCACUCUGGAUUAUAAAUACUCGAGAAGUAAAUUAUUCUUUCAAAUUGAUAGUGACUCCCCACAACUCCCAGAUGAAAGCUCAGGAUCACAGAAAUGGGUCCUUUUAGAGGUCAGUGUGAACAAGCCAGGCCUACUCCUCCACAUUUAAACAGCCACACAUACCUCGACCACCACCACCAGCAGUUACCUGACAGCCUACUCAAGCAGCAGAGGACAGACAGAGCCUGGCACUGCAUCACAUAGCCUAAGCAAUAGUUUGAGUGCCAAGGUAAGAAUCUUUGGGGAGGCUGGGUGUGGUGGCACAGGCUGUAAUCCACACCUGUGCUUCUGAGCGGAGAUAGCAGGUUUGAGGCCAGCUGGGGCUAACAGAACUGGGCCUUGUGAGAUUAAAGAAGUGAGGAAAGUGAGGGCUGAAAGUCAGGUGUCUCAAAACUAGCAAAGCUAUUGAGACUUUCCCUCAGAGUUUAGGAGUUUAGUUACAUUUAACAGAACAACCCAGGUGACUAAAAUACAGUACAACUUCAUUCUAUUUUUUAAUCAGAGACAGGUGGUUCGUGUAUUCAGGAGGUAGAAGUAGGUGGAUUUCUGAAUUUGAGGCUAGCCUGGUCUACAUAACAAGUUCCAGGCUAGCCAAGGCUUCAAAUUGAACUCCUGGCUCUAAACAAAACUAAACAAAAUAAUUUCAAAAAAGACUAGAGAGAUGGCUCAGCAGUUUUGAGCACUGACCGUUCUUCUACAGGACCCACGUUUGAUUCCCAGUAAACACAUGGUGGCUCACAGCCAUCUGUAACUCCAUUUCUGGGGUCUGGUAUCCUCUGGCCUCCUCAGGCACCAAGCACGCAUGUGGUACACAGACAGAAUUCAGGCAAAACACUAAAAGAAAAUAAAGUCUCUUAAACAGCGGAAUUUUAAUGAGAAAUUUGGAGAUCUGGUAUGUGGCUUAGCAGUUGAGCACCACUGUGUGUCUAGCCACAAUAAAAAAAACACAACAAAAGCGAUUUCUUGUCAGAAACACCACUUGGCAAGUGGCUAGUAUAUUUCUAAAAGAAUCCGUUUGUUUAGUGUGCAAGAAAACAUACUGAAAUCUAGCUCAGUACAUUUGUGCUAAAGUAUAUAUCACACAGAUGUGACCUCAUUAGUUGUAUGCUUUGUACCAUUAUUUCAAAGGGUGAGGCGAACAGGGUGGUGUUUUUAUAGCUCUGAUCACUUAACUGUUCCCUUAAAGCAGAUCUGCAGUGCCGCUAAUGUAGGUGAUCUUCACACACCCAGAGUCUAGGCGCAGCUCAUGGAAGGAGAGAGUCCGUGGGUGUUGACAAGCCUUACAGCUUUUGUUCCCAAAGUUCUGUGGUCCAGAAAAUGAGUUCCUAGCUUUCCCAUGGCAUUGGGGCUGUUGUAUGGGGCCAGGCAUGUGGAAACACAGUCCCAUUGGUUUUGUCUUUGUCCGUCACUCAUUUUUAUGACACUAUUUAAAGAAAAUUGACUAAAAUUUUGCCAUUCUUUGGUUUUGGGAAGCCCCCCCCUCUCUUUUUUUUCCUUUUUUUUGGGGGGGGUGGGAGGGGAGUGUCUUUCUGUAUAGCCCUGGCUGACUUGGAACUCACUAUGAAGAACAGGCUGGUCCUAAACCCCGCUUGCCUCGGCCUCCUCUAAGUGCUGAGACUAAAGGCAUGCCCCUGCACCUGGCCAAGCUAGGCUUAAUUUAUUUGUGAAAGUUAAUUCAUUUCAGAUACAUAGAUUUAAAAAAGAAAGUGAAUCUAUAGAUGCUAAAUAGAUUCCCCUAAAUUUACUCUGUAUGGAUUUAGAUAAAUUUUCUCAUAUUUUCACAAUUAAAACAUUUAUAUUUAAUGCCAAAUACAAAUAAUUUCCAUGUUUCCAUUUUUAUUACCCUCUGCUGUUGUGCACACCAGCUCUGUUCAUUUUGCUGUUAGUCUAAACAGUAGUAGCCUUCAGUGAAUUUUCUGUGGCUUUAAUUUUCCAGAAUCGUUUAAAAAAUAAUAAUAACCUAAAGUAUCCCACCAUUCCAGCAGUGUGGCUCCUCAGAAAUGCUUCCUAGUCUCUUGAGAGCACAGGAUUACAAUCAUGAGUCUAAACUCCCGUACCCUAUGGGAAAAAAUUAACCCAAAGGCAGUAGCAGAGGCAUGUAUGUGUGGUUUGUCAUUGCUGGGGAGAUGCUUACACAGUCGGGCAGCAGUCAGAGCAGCGCGCUGACCACUGCUGAGAGCCUGGGCGCGGGCAACCCUCUUCUGUCUUCUGCUCUGACCGCCUGCGCUGCUAAGAUCAACUGGGAAAUACUGCUUUAAAAACAGUUACUGGAUUCAGUAAACAUGAGGCAGAGAGGUGGUGGCCGUGAGCCUUCUAAAUACUGUUUUAGGACCUUAUCGUUUUAUCCUUUGCUGUUGAGCAUAGGGAUCUGGCAGCUGCCCUCACUGGCCUGUUAACAGCCACAUGCUUGUUCAGUUUCUCUGUGGCUAAACCACACAGCGCAAUGAUACCAGCUGAAGCUUUUGCCCUGAACCCUUCAGUCCUGUCUAAGGUUAGCGUUGGUGGCUUUGUAAUUACUCUUUCCUUCCUCACAAAACAAAUGAGAGCAUCGUGUUUACAUCACAUCUCCACAGCGUACAUGGCUUGACAGAGACCAACAGGCUUCUCUGUUUCUCAGUUUCAUAAACACUUAUUUAAUCCUUUAUUAAAUUGUACAGCGAGGUGCUCAAAGUAAUAGGCUAUAAAUAUAUUUAAUAGAAACUUGAGUUUGACAUUCAUGGGCAUAAAGAUGUGUCUUUUUUUAAAAAGAACUAAGUAUUGUGUAACACUAUGGCCAUGCUUCUGUCGCCAAAGUUGAGAAACUUCUGGAACACCACGUAAAAAGCAACAGCUGAUUCUGAUACUGUAUCAUUAAAAUGAUUGGCAUUUGGUCACAUUAUAUUGCGCAUCCAGCUACAAGCCUUAAAGCCAACACUCUAGAGUUGUUUUGUGGUAGAACAGGCCACCUCUUCAGAAGAGCGCAGAAAGCUCUCUGGCACCUCAACCUUCAGAAGAACUGCAAAAUUAGAAUAAUUUAUUUUGCUUUAUAGGAGUUUGUCAUGUAUUGACUUAAAUACUGUAUUUUGGUAAUAAACUUUUUUGUUAAAAACACUUGUUUCUAAGUUUUAUUAGCAGCACACAUCCAUUGGGUUUAUUGAGUUAGAAACUUGCAUUUAAAUCAUUGAAAGUGUCCCAAGAGCUGAUUAGGCUUUAUGGUUAGGCUCUGGGCUUCUUCCUUAUGAAACAGUUCUUUAUCUUGCACAGCAGCCAUGGCAGUGUUUUCAGUGCUGCUAUGUGGGUGCUAGCUCCCUUACAGAAAACUCUUCUGAAGGCUGGUGACUACAAGGUUGGGUUUAUACUUUGAUCCUCUUGUGAUCUAUUACCAAAUAAUCCUUUGACCCUGGAUUCACCGCAGAGGUCAGGGUGCUGUCACCUGACGGCAGCAGUUUGUACCCUAGAAUCCCUGGCCCUCCCAGCCAGAAGUGACUAAAACCAAGCAUUUCUCCUCGAUAGUUGUAACCCCUUGUACUGGUCCCUGUAGGGUGAUGUGGUCCAGUCUCUUACCUCUCAAGGACCAGAUCUCAACACUGUGCCAUGCAAGUUAGUUGUGGAACUCACAGCCUGGCGAACUUAGAUCCAGAUCACAGGGUCCCCUGUGACAGCCAUAGCCAUGUGACCAUGAGCAGUUGAGAUGGGAUUUGUGUUCGAAGUGGGAAACACAACAGUUGAAAUGAUUUAGUACAAAGAAAUGUAAAGUUAUCUCAGCAGUUUUAUAUGUUAACUGUGUUAAAAUAUUUUGGGUAUAUUGAGUUCAAUAAAACACGUUAAAGUAA